AUGGGUGACACCAGUAAACCCCUAAGAUAUGUCGACAUUGGGAUCAAUUUUAGUGAUCCUGUUUUCAGGGGAGAGUACCAUGGAAGGCAGGUCCAUGAAAGUGACUUGGACGACAUUAUCCAGCGUGCUCGCGAAGUAGGCUGUGAAAAGUUCAUGGUUACGGGUUCUGAUGUAGAAGAGUCCCGGCGUGCUAUCGAAAUUUCCCAGAAUUAUCCUGGAUUUUGCUAUGCCACAGUUGGUGUUCAUCCCUGUCAGGCGAAGCUCUUUGAUGCAUUUCCGGGUGGUCCGUCGAAAAUGCUUGACGAACUGAGAUCCCUUGCACUUGAAUCAAAAAAAUCUGGAUACGCAGUUGCGUUCGGUGAAAUAGGUCUCGAUUAUGAUAGAUUGUUCCUGAGCGCAAAAGAACCUCAAUUGAAAUAUUUCGAAGCCCAGCUGGAUCUCGCGGUAGAGAUACAACUACCUCUCUUCCUCCAUUCCCGAGCUGCUAGCGAUGACUUUGAGCGGUUACUGGCACCCAGACUCGAGAAGCUUCCCAAGAAGGGUCUCGUUCACAGUUUUACCGGGACUAUGGAGGAGAUGCAACGUAUGGUGGCCCUCGGUUUGGACGUUGGUGUCAACGGUUGCAGUUUAAAGACGGAAGAGAACCUGGAGGUGGUGAAGGCUAUACCUCUGGAACGACUUCAAAUAGAAACGGAUGGCCCGUGGUGCGAAAUCCGCCCGUCUCACGCAUCCUCCAAAUACCUAGAAGGUGCACCGACGCUACCAAAGGCUGUCAAAAAAGAGAAAUGGCAAAAGGGUUGUAUGGUUAAGGGUCGCAACGAGCCUAUUGCUAUCGCCCAUGUCGCUCACGUCAUUGCCAUGGUUAAGGGCAUCACUGUUGAGGAAGUUUGCGAAGCUGCCUGGAACAAUUCCGUUAGGAUGUUUGGACUUGGAGAAGGAACAUCGUAG